AUGUGGAUAAUUACCGGACCGGCCGGCUGCGGCAAGAGCACAGUCGCCCAAUACUUAGCGCAAGAGCUUUCCAUACCCUAUCUCGAAGGUGACGAUUAUCAUUCUGAAUCCAACAAGCAGAAAAUGUCACAAGGUCAGGCAUUGACCGACCAAGAUCGGUGGGACUGGCUCAUCCAGCUACGCGAGGCAGCUACCAACCGCCUUUCACCCUCGAAAUCCUCCCGAACCAAAGUUCAUGACGGCGUGGUAGUCACGUGCUCAGCACUCAAGAGACGAUAUAGAGACGUCAUCAGAGUCGCUGCUUACCAUGACAAUGAUGUGAUGGUUCACUUUAUUUUCUUGAAGGCUGACGAAAACAUCUUGCUCGCUCGGGUCUUGGGCAGGAAGGGUCAUUUCAUGAAGAGCACUAUGGUGAGGUCACAAAUGGAGCUUCUUGAGGAACCCGAUAUGCAAGAGCAUAGAAAAGAUGUCCUCGAAGUUGAUUGUGGGGGAAGCUUAACCGAGGUUCGAAAGGAGGUCGUCAAGACCGUCAGAGUGGCCUUAGCUGACGACCAGUGA